GUAGCGACAGGAACAUGUCGCAACGUAAAUCUGCCUUGACUUUUUUAAGGCUCCUGGGAUGUCUUUCUAUCCCAAUUCAGGUGUUUUAAGUACACAUUUCGUGAUAUGAGACAGUGAACGUCAUGAUGAUUGGUGACUAUUGUUAAAAUAUUGCAACACCCAUCAGAAUAAUCUAAGUUAAAUCGGAAAGAAUGUGGACUUUUGCUGACGUACAAUAGGUAUUGUUUGUAGCACAACUGUAGGCAAGUUCAGAUUGGAUGGAGCUCUGAAUCCGUUACCGUGUGAGCAACUCCUCCCUCCGCACGUCCGACCUUUGAGAUCUCCGUCUAUAUCAUCAUGGCUCCGGCGGCGGACAGACCGGGCUACUGGGGCACGCCGACCUCAACCCUCGACUGGUGUGAGGAGAAUUAUGUGGUCUCGUAUUACAUCGCGGAAUUCUGGAACACGGUCAGUAACCUGAUUAUGAUCAUCCCUCCCAUUUUUGGAGCCAUUCAGACGUUUAGAGAUGGACUGGAAACACGCUACGCAUGGGCAUUUUUAGGACUUGCCGCUGUUGGCAUCGGCUCGUGGAGUUUCCACAUGACAUUACAGUAUGAAAUGCAGUUGCUGGAUGAGCUGCCGAUGAUCUGCAUCUGCUGCGUUUUCGUCUACUGCCUGUAUGAAUGCUUCAAGCAAGAAGGAGUGGUUAACUAUCUCUCAAUAGGACUUUUACUGACCUUCAGUAUUAGUGUUAGUGUGAUUUACCUGCUAUGGAAAGAGCCGGUAUUUCAUCAGGUCAUGUAUGCCGUACUGGUGGCUUUCUUGGUGAUACGGUCUGUUUUUAUAGUCACAUGGGUCUAUCCUUGGCUCAGAACCCUCUGCUUUACAUCUUUAAGUGUCUUUCUGCUUGGAUUCGUAUUAUGGAACAUUGAUAACGUCAUGUGUGACUCUCUCAGAGCCACACGGCACCGACUGCCUCCCGUCAUUGGGGCGGUUACACAGCUCCAUGCAUGGUGGCAUAUCCUAACGGGUUUUGGAUCAUAUUUACACAUACUUCUCAGCUUACAGAUUCGAUUGACCUACCUCAAGCACAGACCAAAAGUUAAGUUUUUAUGUGGCGUUUGGCCGGUGCUGCACAUUGAAUCCCAGAAGACGAGUUGAAAGGGAAGGAAAGGAGGAGGAGAUGGACCAAUCAGAGAACUCAUACAGACAAGAAGUCCAGCCAAUCAGCUUCAGCGGCAGCAGGAAGUGACCAGCGGCUAUCGGUUUGGUUCCCGCGUUCCUCUCUUGGCUUCUUUUGGCAAGUGCAUUUACUGUGUGAGAAAGCUGCCUGAGGAAGAAAAUUAUGUUUUUUUUAGUUUAUUUUAGAUUAGAGGUUUUUGGUUAUGAUUUUUGCACGAUUUAUAUAAUAUCUGAAGGUUUUAAUAGCUUGAGCAAAGCCCAAAAUGGCAGCCAAAAGGUUUUACGUGUCAGAUAGUUCACGUAUUAAUUUUAUGUACUGUACCUGAAAGUAUCAUCAUUGUAUAUGGGGUUAUGAUACAUUUGAACUACAUUUUAUCAUGCAAAAUUGUUAAAUAGUUUUUUUUAAAUGGUCCUUAACUCUU